AUCGUCAAACGCACUGCAGUCUCGUGCACAACUCGGUAAGGCAAAGAUGACCAGACCGGCGAGUCUGUUUCUGGUAGUCACGGCGUUCUGUCUCGCCGUUCGCUCGGACGACGACGCGCCGAGAGUCAAAACACUUCUCGGCAGCAUUAAGGGAUACCACAAGAUCUCUGAACAUGGAAGGCUUUACGAAGCUUACGAGGGUGUUCCGUAUGCAUUGCCUCCAAUCGGAAAACUCAGAUUUAAGGCUCCACAACCUAUCAAGGCGUGGGAGGGCGAACUGCAAGCAACGAAACAGGCUCACGCAUGUCUGCAGUACACCCAUAAAUCAGGAUGGUUGAAGGACGUGGAACUGGUCGAGGGGGCUGAGGAUUGCCUCUACCUGAACAUCUACGUGCCCGAUCGCGAAGACGACACGUCGCUCUUGCCGGUUUUCUUCUGGAUCCACGGAGGCGCUUUUACCCACGGCACAGCUAACGCCUUCGGUGCCAAGUACCUCGUGGAUAAAGACUUUAUCGUCGUUGCUAUCAAUUAUCGAUUGGGGCCUCUAGGAUUCUUGAGCACCGAGGACGAUGUCGUGCCCGGUAAUAUGGGUCUCAAGGACCAGAGUAUGGCACUUCGAUGGGUUCACGACAACAUCGAGCACUUCGGCGGUGACCCCAAAAGAAUAAGCCUGGCUGGUAUCAGCGCCGGUGGUGCGAGCGUACACUACCACUACUUCUCGCCGUUGAGCGCCGGCCUCUUCCAGAACGGCAUCUCCUUCAGCGGUACCGCUUUGAACUGCUGGACCCAGACCGAGAACUCGCGCGAAAAGGCCAAGAGACUCGGUGCUCUGAUGGGCUGUCCCACUGAAAGCACCAAGGAGAUGGUCGACUGCUUGAGGCAUCGUCCUGCCAGACCCAUUGUGCAGGCUGUCCAAGAGUUCAUGCCCUGGCUCUACAACCCGUACACACCUUUCGGACCAGUGGUCGAAAAAGUCGGUAAUAACCCAUUCAUCGAUCGCCCACCCGUGGAAAUACUCGCAAGCGGCGAUGUAGCGGACGUGCCCUGGAUAACGAGCAUCACCAGCGAAGAGGGUCUAUAUCCUGUGGCCGAGUUCGCGGCUAACAAGCCGCUUCUAAAAGAGCUGGACGAAAAUUGGGAGUCGCUGGCACCGCACUUGUUGGAUUUCAAUUACACGAUUCCGCGCGAGGAGCAGGCGGAGGUGGCGUUGAAGAUUAGAAGACACUACAUGGGAAACAAUCCCAUUAACCGGCAGAACGUGAGGCCAAUCACAAAAAUGGUGGGCGAUAGGCUGUUCGUCGUGGACGCAGAGAAAGCCGUCAGGAUGCAGGCCAAAGCGAAUAAGAGUCCGGUGUGGUUUUAUUACUACAGCUACAAAGCCGCCGGCGGGAGUCUCGCAGAUGCACUUAGCGGAACCAAGGAAAACUUUGGUGUGAGCCACACUGAUGAUAUAUUCCUCUUGUUCGAGAAUCUCUUCUUCGACCCUACGACGACGGAAAGCGAUCGGAGCAUGCAGAGCUAUAUGCUGAACAUGUGUUCGGCGUUUAUCGAGAAAACUAAAGAAGUGUUUCCAAAAGAAUGGAAAAAGGUCGAUCCUUCCGAAAAAGAUUUUCAGUAUUUGCACAUUUCUGGACCAGACAAAUAUAAGAUGGACAGUCAUGACAACCUUGGAGAUAAGCAGUUCUGGAGGACCAUCAACUUUGAAGAAAACGUCUUGGAAUCAUCAGGCAGUGCGAAAGACGAGCUGUAGAGAUUCCUCGCUAUCGUUGCCAAUAAAUAAAUAAAGAAUGGUUUUCAUACAGAA